GGAGGGGAGGGGAGGGCUGGAUCUACCGGAUCGCUCGCGGGAGGAAGGUGGUGCGCCGAGUGGCUUCUCUGCUCUUCCAAGAGCCGAAGCAGCAGCUGGUGGAUGAAGAAGAUACCAAUAAGAGCACUCCGGACAACUGAGAAUUACCAGCAACUUUGAAAAUGAAAGCAAAUUGAGCCCUCAGAAAAGCACACAAUUCUUCUCUUUCCCCAGUUGGUGAGAGACAAAGGGGAGAAAAUCAAGAAGAGAUUUCAAACUGGAAAAGUAGAGUAUGCAGAACUCAACAAUAGAUUACGUGAAAAGGUCAAAGGAGAUUAUUUUUUUCCAUUCAGAAAAAAAGGGAAAUAUCUAGAGGUGAGUGAGGAGAAAAAAGAUAAUUGAAUAGCCACAAAAGGUAGAGAGUAAUGCAAGCCUUGCCCCGUGAGGAAGAAAACAGUAGCUUGAAUCAAAGCUCCAUGCAACAAAAGAUCACAUAUUUUUGACUUCUUCAAGAACAUCAGUGGUGGAAAAGCUCCAUAGAUGUGCCUAUUGUGGGAAAAGCACGCAUAGCAAAUCACAGAUUAUGAAUAACAGGAUCCAUGCUGGAGAAAAGCCAUACAAAUUAUCCGAAUGUGGGAAACGAUUUAGUUAGAUUAUUCAUGAAAGGACCCACACAGGAGAGAAGCCCUAUAGCUGCUCCCAAUGCAGUAUUCCAAUCUGGUGGUACAGUAGAAGAUGCCCACAGGAAAGAAAUCGUAUGACUGUACUGAUUGUGGGAAAAGUUUCGUUGCAAAUUCCCACCUGGUGAUACACCAGAGGACUCACACAGGAGAGAAACCCUUUGAAUGUCCUGAUUGUGGGAAAAGUUUCAGUCAGAAUUCCAAUUUAGUUCAACACCAGAGGACUCACACAGGAGAGAAACCCUUUGAAUGUCCUGAUUGUGGGAAAAGUUUCAUUGCAAAUUCCCACCUGUUGGAUCACCAGAGGACUCACACAGGAGAAAAACCCUUUGAAUGUCCUGAUUGUGGGAAAGGUUUCAGUCAGAAUUCAAGCCUGCUGAUUCAUCAGAGGACUCACACAGGAGAGAAACCCUUUGAAUGUUCUGAUUGUGGCAAACGUUUCAGUUUGAAUUCCAAUCUGGUUCAACACCAGAGGACUCACACAGGAGAGAAACCCUUUGAAUGUUCUGAUUGUGGCAAACAUUUCAGUUUGAAUUCCCAUUUGAUUCAACACCAGAGGACUCACACAGGAGAGAAACCCUUUGAAUGUCCUGAUUGUGGGAAAAGUUUCAGUCACAAUUCCAAUUUAGUUCAACACCAGAGGACUCACACAGGAGAGAAACCCUUUGAAUGUCCUGUUUGUGGGAAACAAUUCAGUCAGAAUUCCGGCCUGGUGAAACACCAGAGGAUUCACAUGGGAGAAACCCUUUGAUCAUCCUGAUUGUGGGAAAAGUUUCUGUCAUAGGUCCAGCUUGUUGAUACACCAAAGGACUCACACAGGGGAGAAACCCUUUGAAUGUCCGGUUUGUGGGGAAAAAUUGUGAGAAUUCCAAACUGGUGAAACACCAGAGGACUCACACGAGAGAAACAAUAUGAAUGUCCAGAUUGUGGAAAAAAUUUCAGUUGGAAUUCUGAUCUACUGAUACACCAGAGGAGUUAUACAGGAGUGAAGCCAUACGAGUGACCAGAGUGUGGGAAAAGUUUCACUUACUGUUCUGACCUGGUGAAACACCAGAGGACUCACACAGGAGAAAAACCAUAUGGAUGUCCACAGUAUGGGAAAAAAUUCAGUCAGAAUUUCAACCUGGUGAACCACCAAAGGACCCACACAGGAGAGAAACCCUUUGAAUGUCUGGAUUGUGUGAAAAGUCACCGUUUUAACCUGAUGAGACACCAGAGGAUACAUACAGGAGGGAAACUGUUGUGUCUUCGAGGCUACCACAUCGAACGUGGAGCAUGCCAACGUAGAGGCGCAUUUGAAUUGCCUGGGUCAGGACGGGAGAGCACAGCCUCGCCAUUGGCUAGCUGUCUGACAGCAAAGUAUAUAAAGAGCUGUCAGACAGUAAAGUGCCAGGUCUUUCUGGGUUUGCCUCAUUCUACUUGUUACCUUGUUAGGUCGUUCAAUAAAGGGUUAUCAUUCAAACAACUGUCUCGCCUCAGUCAAUCGCCAACCUGCACUUAGUAUGUAAUACUGGUGACGAAGGUGGGAUAUCUGAGGUGAAUGACAGGCUGAGUCACGGAGCUGAGCGAAGAUAUGUUGAGCUGAAUGCUGCCUAGUCACUGAAGCAAUCUCCACAGCCACUUGUCCUUUUCAGGAUGGCUACACUGAACCCAUUUGUGGCUUUUAGCCCGGUCACCGAGACCUGGGAUGUGUAUUUGGAAAGAUCCGAGUGUUUCCUGCGGCAAACGAUCUCACCAAACUGUCAAGUAGCUGGAAGAGAGCUCACUUUUUAAACUCAUGUUGCCCCGAAAUGUUUGGAAUGGCUAGGGCUUUGGUUGCCCCUCAAGCCAUCCAUACCGUGCCUUGGAAAGUUCUGCUCAAGAAAUUGAGGAACCAUUACGCCCCAGUUCCAUCAUGAAUAUCUCAGCGAUUCGCGUUCCGUCAAAGGAUGCAGAAGAGCCCAUUAAUCAGUAUAUGGCCUCCCUACGGACCACCGCCCUAGACUGUGUUUUUCACGACCUGGAUGAUUCCCUUCUAGAGUAGCUAAUAUGUGGUGUGAACGACCUGCAGUUGCAACGCCACCUGUUAGCGCAGACCGAGUUCAAUCUCCAGACCACACUUGAUUAAACCCGUGCCUCUGAGAUGUCUAAUAAUAAGCUGAAAUACAAAAGUCUCAUUUUGGGGCUGUUCCUGCCCGCCAAACCACAGCAGUUAAUCACAAAGAUAACAGCGACCUGGAUGAGACCUCCAAUGAUGAUGGUGAUGUUAGCCGCCUCAGGACAUUAAUCGGAAUAAAAUGGACACCAGAAAAAAAAUUCUCUCAGACUCCAUGCAAUGGAGGGCAACCUGCAAGUUCAAAACCGCCAUCUGGCAUCGGUGUGGCAAGAAAAGUCACUUGGCCAAGGUCUGCUGUGCCCCUCUGCCUGCUGCUGACCAGCAAAACCAUUGGGAUAAGCCACCCAAGCGUUCCUACAUCAGACGACCACACAACAGAUCACAAAUAUCAAGGCAAGACUGUUUCGCAAUCUCCCGUGACCCUUGCCGCUGAGGAAGUUGUUAGCCAUGCCACUACUGGGUCCCCCAACAACAAGUUUUACCUCAUCGUCAAAAUAGAGGGUGCCCUGUGCAAGAUGGAGGUAGACACCGGCUCUUCAAAAUCAAUCAUUUUCUGGUGCACCCUCAAAAGGUUGGUGCUCAACAUUUCUAAAAAACGCUUACAUCACUGCAACAUCAGGCUUCAGGACUAUCAAGGAAACUCUAUCCCAGUUUUGGGAAGGGGCUCUUUUCAGGUUGAAAGCUCCAACUUCACUGGCCCACUGCAGCUUGUCAUCGUGGAUGGUGCCCUACCAGACUAUUAGGGUUAGAUUGGUUCCAGGCUUUGGGACUCAGCAUAUCUGGCAUCCAUUCAACCUCUUCAGAUGACUUUGCAGAGUUAACCAAGGAAUUCACAGACAUUUUCAAUGGCACCUUGGGUAAAUAUAUUUCUUUCCAUUUGGACACACGGGUUGCCCCUGUUCACCUGAAACCUAGAAUGAUGCCCUUUGCGUUCUGUCCAAAAGUGGACGAGGAGCUUGAUAAAUUAAUAGCUCAAGGCAUCCUAGAACCAUUGGAGAGCUUUUAAAUGCCGCCACCUCCAAUUUGGAGUGAGCGUGGUCCCUGGAAUAUUUCAGAACCUAAUGGAGCGACUGCUCCAGGGCAUUCCAGGUGUCAUGCCCUAUUUUGAUGAUGUCCUGAUCUCUGCUAGGAACCAGACACAUACUGGAGGAAAGCCAUAAAAAUUAUCCAAAUGUGGAAAAAGUUUUAGUUAGAUUACCUCCCUUGUGGUUCAUGAAAGGACCCACACAGGAGAGAAGCCCUGUAGCUGCUCCCAAUGAAGUAAACGCUUUUGCAAGUA